AAUGUGUAAGCAUUUGAAGCUGUGCUUACAUGGCUUUCCUCCCUGCAGACAUUGAUGAAAACAUGUCCAUCCUUCGCCUCUUUGGGCUCCGACCUAGUUGGUGGCGAUAGGGCUAAAUGCACCAAGAAGGUCGGCAUCGUCGGUAAAUACAGGACCCUCUAUGGUGCCUCCCUCCAGAAAAUGGUGAAGAAAAUAGAAAUCAGCCAGCACACCAAGUACACUUGCUCCUUCUGUGGCAAAACUAAGAUGGAGAGACGGGCUGUGGGGGUCUGGCACUGUGGUUCCUGCAUGAAGAUGGUAGCCAGUGGUGCCUGGACCUACACCACCACUUCCACUGUCACAGUAAAGUCUGCCAUCAGAAGACAGAAGGAACUGAAAGACUGGUAGAAGCUCCAUAGACAUUUG